AUGUUUUUUGUAGUCUCUGAUGCAUAUUCGAAGUGGAUAGAAGUCAUUCCGAUGAAAAAUAUUACAGCUAGUUUUACAAUUCCUCAUCUUCGUAUCCUUUUUGCUCAUUAUGGAAUUCCCUUAACUUUGGUUAGUGACAACGGCGCAAGUUUUACUAGUUACGAAUUUCAACAUUUUUUGAAACUGAAUAAUAUUAAACAUAUAACUUCAGCGCCUUACCAUCCUGCUACGAACGGACAGGCAGAAAGAAUAGUGCAGUUGUUCAAAGCUUCGUUGAAAUCGAGUAGAGGUGAUUCUGGAGAUCUAAAUGUGAAAUUACAAAGAUUUUUAUUACAGUAUAGAAUAACUCCACAUUCCCUCACGGGAGAAACUCCGAGUGCAUUGUUUUUGAAGAGAUGUAUUCGCACUAGGCUUGAUCUUUUUAAACCAAAUUUGAGAGACAAAGUUGUUCAGAAACAGAGUUCGAGACUUGACACAGAAUCUAUCUUGAGUGAGUUUCAGGAAGGGGAGAAAGUAGCCGUAAGAAAUUAUUCCGGACCUAACAAAUGGAAAAUUGGAACAAUUAUAAACCGAGAUGGAACUUUGAGUUAUAGCAUACAAGUUGGAACUGAAAUUUGGAAGAGACACGUAGAUCAAAUAAGGAAAUGUGGGAAGUCGAUUGAAUUAUCCCAAGCUGCUACUGAAAUUCCAAUUUACGAUAAAGAAUUGAAUUUUCCAGAUGAGCCAGUAUCCGAUGAUGUUGCUGAAUCGGAACCGCCUGCACCUGUACCUGAAGUUGUCCCUGAACCUAAGGAUGUACCUGUAUCUGCCACUCCAAAUGAUGAUAUACCACCUGGCCCUGUACCAGACACUUCCGGAAAGCCGAAAACUGAUGUGCCACUCCGACGCUCAAACCGAAUCAGGAGACCUCCAGAGAGACUGGUCCUGUGA